CUCAUGCUCACUUGCCUCGCCUUGACCAAUUCCUUGGCAUGACAUCUACAACUGUCCUUACUUCAACAGUCCGUGAACGGCUCCAGUAGGCGAGGAGCAACUCACAGCGCUGCUGUCGCGCUCGAAACACGAAAUGUGGUCUUUCCCAUAGCCUGAAUAAUAUUCCAGACAUACGAUGGUCCACAAUCUCGAAAUGUUGACAUUAGUCAGGUACAGAGUGAAACCGAGCUCGCUUCAGAAUCGAUGACUUCAUGACUUUCAAUUCUGCUGAACAAGGUACCUAUCGCAUGCCUAAUAGUCCCCUCUCUCUCUAGUUCACUGUCAGCCUUUCAAUCCCGGUUCAGAAGCAAUUCGGUUGUCGACCAAGGUAUGGAAAGGAAACGAAUAGCCAUUGUCGGCAGUGGCAUCUCCGGUCUCAGCACGCUCUGGGCGCUCCGCAACACACAAUAUGAAAUCCACCUCUUCGAAAAAGAAGAUCGCCUAGGUGGUCACACAAAUACCGUGACAUGGACACGCAAUGGCCAUAACACGCCGGUCGAUACGGGCUUCAUCGUCCUCAACACGGCUACAUAUCCAAAUUUCAUUUCCUUUCUCAAAGCCCUGGACGUCAAAACAAUAGCUUCAGAAAUGACCUUCGGCAUCUCUCGCGACGCAGGUGCUUUCGAAUGGUCUGGCACAUCUCCGCAAGCGCUCUUUGCUCAAGCUAGCAAUGCGCUGAAACCGUCCUUCUGGCGCAUGAUCUUCGACAUAAUUCGCUUCAACCAAUUUGCCCUGGACUUGCUCGCAUUUGCUCCUGGGUCUCCAGACGCUAUCGCAGCAAACAACAUGAGUAUCGGCAAGUAUCUUGAGAGAGAAGGCUAUUCAGAUGCGUUCCGCGAUGAUUAUCUGAUUCCAAUGACGGCGUGUGUGUGGAGCACGGGGGCGGAUAAGUGUUCGCUGGAGUUUCCAGCGCUAACAUUGGUGAGGUUCAUGUGGAAUCAUCAUCUUCUGUCUACAACCUCACAAAGGCCGCCUUGGUUGACGGUUGAAGGGGGCUCAAAGAGAUAUAUCGAUGCUGUGAUGAAGGAGUGCGGAAACGCCCAUGUGCAUCUUGGGUCGCCUGUAGAAGCAGUGACUCCGCAAAAUAGGCGUGUAGAGUUGAGGAUUGGCGGGAAAGGGGAAGGCGAGAAACAAGUCUUCGAUGAGGUCGUUCUGGCUUGUCAUGGCGACCAAGCGCGCUGGAUUAUUGGAGACGCUGCAACAAGCGAGGAGAAGGACAUUCUGGACGCGUUCGAGACAACCCCGAAUACCGCGUACUUGCACUCCGAUCUCUCGCUAAUGCCCAAACGCCGCACCGCCUGGUCUGCCUGGAACUACCUCACUACCUCGUCAUCCUCACCUUCUACUAACAACCCUUCGGGCUCCCUUCAAACCGUCUGCUUGACCUACAACAUGAACAUCUUGCAACAUAUUCCUACCUCGACCUUCUCCGAUGUCCUCGUAACCCUGAACCCUGAAACACCGCCAUCCCCUUCCCUAACACAGGCAACAUACCAGUACCGCCACCCGCUCUACAACUCCCGCAUGAUAGCCGCACAGGACCAGCUCGAGCGUAUUCAAGGGAAGAGGGGGAUUUGGUACACGGGUGCGUGGACGGGGUACGGGUUCCACGAGGAUGGAUGCAAGAGUGGCCUGCAGGUCGGUGAAAGGUUGGGAGGGAGUCUGCCCUGGGAGUUGGUCGAUGCGAAGUACAUGAGAGGAUUGAAGCCGCAAUUGGUAUGGAAGGAUUGGGUUGUAAGAGCGGUUGUCUGGGUGCUGCAGCUUUGGAUCACGAUUCUGGAGAGAGUGGUGGGAAUCAAGAGAAACAGGCAUGCAGAUGCGCCUGUAAACAGGAUGAUGAAUGGGAAGAGCAAGGCAGUUUGACGUGGCUUAGUGACGCUAAUCCCACUACAUUCAUCAACCAAAGCCUUUUGAAGUUGACGUUUCUUUUACACUUCACUUGACAGUGUUCAAUGCGCGAACCGAAAGUCCAAACGCCUGCUCCCUUCAUCCGUCGUCGUAUCCAAAUAUUCGACCUUCUGCUCCGGCGUGAGGGCGUUCCAUUGUUGAUCUCUCUGCUUGUUCCGCCAAGUGUAGUACACCUUACUGAAGGCAUAUAUACAGAUAUUGAGAACGCUGAUGCCGACGAGCACCCUGUUUCCGCGGCGAU